CCGUUGGCGUACAGUAGCCCUGAGAGGAGAACUUAAAUGUACUGUAAAAGGAGGCUCAGCUGAUUUCUGUGACUGCCGGCCGCUCUGUCUGCUCUCCGCCUGUCGCUCACUCACAGUCUGAACAGACGAGGAUGGAUGGAAACUUGUUACUGGCUGUUAUCUUUCUACCAGUCCUGCUCACAGCCGUGUUGCCAUCCUCAGCCGGUGUUCUGGAGCCGCACGACCUUUUAUAUGAUAAUGCGGUGCAAGCAUUUUACAAUGCCGAUUAUGAGGAUGUGGUGCGCUACAUGGAGGGAGCGCUCAACAGUCACAAACAGGUUCGGACCACCAGAGUCCGGUGCCGGCUGAAGUGCCAGGACCAGCAUCCGUUUGAUGAAACCUUCUCGGACCUACGCUUCUUCCACUCGGUCCUCCAGAGAGCAGCGUGUAUGAACAAAUGCAUCGAGGAGAAACUUGGCACGCAGUCUCUGCACAAAGUCAGCGAGGAUGUAGUGCAGGACUUCAACAGGAGGAUCCCCUACAACUAUCUUCAGCAGGCUUAUCAGAAGUUGAAGCAGCCUGGAAAGGCAGCAGAGGCAGCUCACACCUAUUUCCAGGCCAAUCCGGAGCAUGUGGAGAUGGGUCAGGAUCUGGAACAGUACAAAGACCUGCAAGGCAUCAAGGAAAACCACUUUGUGGAUCGAGAAGCUCGGCCUCACCAGCGCUCUUUCACAGCAGCAGUGAAGUUGUACGAUAAGGGCGACUACGAAGGAGCCAUCAGUCUUUUCGAGGAGGCUUUGGUGGAAUACUAUAAGGCAGAUGUGGACUGUCGGGCGUUGUGCCAAGGCCCACAGAAGUUUGAGGGCCAAGAUCACCUCCGAUACCGCUACAGCCUCUAUGAAGUUGUAUCAGAUCACUUCACUCAGGUGCUGCACUGUGAACAUGAGUGUGUCAGAGACCUCGCUACUCGACCAGGCCGCCUCUCACCUAUGGAGAACUAUCUGCCUCUGCACUACGAUUAUCUUCAGUUUGCCUACUUCAAAGUGGGAAGGCUGGAGGAGGCACUGCAGUGUGCUCGCGCCUAUCUUUUGUUCCAUGAGGGAGAAGAGUUCAUGAAGGAAAAUGCAGAUUACUACAGAGAAGAGCUGGGACAUGAUACUGAGCCACGAGAGAAAGCUGCAUGGUACCUGAGGAGGCAUAAACAGGAACUUGAGCUCCUUCUGAUUGGCAGCAAAGUCAUGGGUGUGGAAUUCACUGAAGGGAAUUAUUGGAGAAGCACGGGAGGAAGAGAUGACUCAAACAGGAUUCCCUCAGGCACAGAUGGCUGGAUGGAGUAUGUUCCCAUCUCAGAUAAGAAGAACGUCACGGUCGCUCCCCCACAGCGUCUCAAGGAAGGUGGCCCCUUGCUGUAUGAGGGUGUGCAGCUGGUGCAGAACUCUGUGGCUUUGAACGGGAGCCAGCGGGUGCUGCUGGAUCAUGUUAUAUCUGAGGAAGAGUGUGCAGAGCUCAGACAGCUGGCACAUACUGUCACCAUGGCAGGAGAUGGUUACAAAGGGAGGAUGUCCCCUCACACACCCAAUGAGAGGUUCGAAGGAGCCAGUGUACUCAAAACCCUGCAGUAUGGUUUCGAGGGUAGAGUGCCGAUGAGAAGUGCUCGCCUGUUCUACAAAACGAGCGAGCGGGCAAGACGAAUCAUUGAGUCGUAUUUCAUGCUAAACUCCACUCUGCACUUCUCCUACACGCACCUGGUGUGCCGGACAGCCAUCACAGGCCAGCAAGACCACAGGAAUGACCUGAGCCAUCCCAUCCAUGCUGACAACUGUUUGCUGGACCCUGAUGCCAAUGAGUGCUGGAAGGAACCACCAGCUUACACAAACAGAGACUAUAGUGCACUGUUAUAUCUAAAUGGAGACUUUGAAGGAGGGGAGUUCAUAUUCACAGAAAUGGAUGCCAAAACGGUCACGGCAUCAGUGAAACCUAAGUGUGGCAGAAUGGUAGGUUUUUCAUCAGGAGGGGAAAAUCCCCACGGCGUGAAGGCCGUUACCAGCGGGCAGAGGUGUGCUGUGGCUCUCUGGUUCACCUUGAACCCACUCUACAGAGAACUGGAGAGACUACAAGCAGAUGAGGUGAUCCAGGCACUGGACACAGAGUCUGUGUUUGGCCAAGGUCUCAACAUUAACCCUAAAGAUGAACUGUAAAAACGUUAAACGUGACGCCACCUUCUUCAAUUUAAACACUUGUAUAUAGUUUCACUAUUUAUUGAAUGACCCCUGGAUCAGAACAUUUCUAUUUUUCUACUGUUUUUGAAGUGCAAGGUUAAUGUUUUUGUUUGUUUCUCAUGUUUCUUAUUAAAACUUGAGUUUACAUUUUGGUUCUUUGUCUGUCGAUCCCGUCACAGCCUCUCAUUAACCAAGUCCAGUUCACUGAUGUGUUUUGAGUUACAGACUGUUUAAUGUUUCAUGUCAGUUUAUGCUUGUAAUCUCACUGAACUGUGAAGUUUCACAAGUUUUCGCAACAUAUUUAAACACUAAUACAUCACUUUCUUUGCUAAGUACUUUCAUUUAUUAACUUGCGUCUUCACAAAUGGUACAAGUAAAUAUUAUUAUGCACUUUUGUUUUUUAAUGCCAGUAAUAUUUUUUAAAGUAGGCAGUGCACUGUUUUUUAAAGUCUGAAAUAUCUGAACAAUUAAGGUCUGAAAUGAAAAACAUCUCCAGUCGGCUGAGUUCAUUUGUUGUAAUAAUUCACUUGGAGCACAAUACUGCUUAAGAUGUUCACUGAAAUGAGAAAGUGUGUGUUUUUUAACUUGUAUUUAUCUUAUAAUAAUGGACAGCUGUUGGCUACAUGAACUUUUUUUUCAUAAAAGAUGCCAAAUUAUUCCUGUUUCAAGGAAUACAUGUUGAAAUACAGUUUUUAUUACUUUGUUUGUGGUGUUGGUCCAGAAUUGGUCAAGUCGUGCACUGUAAAUCGGACGGAGAGAAAAAAAAAAAAAUAAGCGUGACUUGGAUUUUCUACACGGUUUCAAAA